AUGGAAGCAGGAGCGAUGGAGGCGGGAGCGAAGGGUUUUCUCUUCAUACUAUUGGCAAGUCACUUCCCGGUCGCGGUCAUCAGCUUCUGCUUACCAGCAACUGCCGCUCUGGCACAUCAACUUCAUCAUGCGGCAUCAUCACCAUCUCGUUCCUCGGUGCUGGGAGCAACGGCCACCGCCGACAACACCCCAACAGCAACACCAAGCAUGGAGAACGACCAUGCUGCCGACAAUCGUAGCAGCAGCGAACAGUUCGAUAACUUUGCUGAGUUUCUGGUGAAGACCCAGUCUGAUAUAUGCUCGCAGGCCGAAACCUCGGACGGGAAAGCGACCUUCUGCAUCGACCGCUGGGAGAGAGAUGGAGCUUCGAAGGGCUUCGGCAUCACACGUGUGCUGGAGGGCGGGGAGCUGUUGGAGAAGGCCGCCUGCAGCGUGUCAGUCAUCCAUGGGGUGCUUACACCGGAGAGGGCGCAGGCCAUGAGCUCGCGCGGGCGGUCAAACAUCGACCCAGCGGGAGGUCAAGCUUACUCUGCGGCGGCCAUGUCGCUGGUGUUUCACACGGCCAGUCCCCUCGUACCCACGUUCCGGGCGGAUGUCCGUUAUCUGGAGGUGGCCGGAGAAGGGUGGUUUGGAGGAGGUGCGGACCUGACGCCCUACUACCUGGACGAUGGAGACGUGGAGGGAUUCCACCGCUUCUACAAGGACAUCUGCGACCGCUUCGACGUUGAGGCCUACCCUCGGUUCAAGAAGUGGGCCGACGACUACUUCUACAUCCCCAUGAGGUAG